GCUUGACCAAAAAGAGGGCAGCAGCUUUGUGGCCAAAUCCCCACAGAUCUGUGCCGUAUGCUUUUUCUAUUACACCUCCAGGGAAUCCUAUGAUCUCGUUCUUCCUGUGACACAGACAAUGCUCAAAGUUCUUCAUGUUAAUCUUGGAUUGCUCUGCACAUCAUAAUGGUGAAGUAGGGAAGGUUAAGAGACUGAGCUAUGUCUGUCUAUAAACACCCUUUUAACUUCAUUUGAGUGUUGCAGACUCUCUGCUUCAAUGGUGAUAUGGUUUGUGUUCCCAUCCCCCCACCUCUUCCAACAUGGAGUGCAAAAGUUGUGGACAUGAUCCUUGAAGCCCAUGCACCUAUUUGAGCUUCCUCAGACAAGUGAAUCCGAAUGAAUCCAUGGGGCCACUCAUUAAUCAUUUCCAGUAACUCCUUUGCUACUUCCAUUUAUAUCUCAUGUGAGUUGCAAGGUUGGCCGCAUUGAGAGAGAGAGAGACAGAGAGGGGGGCUGAAGCCUUCCUCUAACACCCAAAACUGCACCUUUCUUUCCGUCUUCCCAUCACUUUUGUCUCUGCUUUGCUUUCCUCUUUUCUCUGAAGCACCAUUCUUCCCUCCACCAGCAUGUCAGGUUUGUAUACUUAUAGCUUCUCCCCUGCUAGAACUGCCUCCUCUCAGACGGGAAGCAUAGCAUAUACAGACAGUCAGUACUUGGCAGAGCUGUUGGCAGAACACCAGAAGCUUGGGCCUUUCAUGCAGGUUCUUCCUAUAUGUAGCCGAUUGUUAAAUCAAGAGAUAAUACGAGUCUCAGGCAUGGUUUCCAACCAAGGAUUUAGUGACUGUAACCAGCUGCAGCACAGAAGUAGGAGUGCCAUGGCUACUCCUAACCUUAUUUCUAAUGCCGGAGGGACUACUUUUGCGGGAUGGAGGGGACCUCCACAGGAGAUAUUAGGUUGUCCAGAAGGUGUAACAAUGGAUUGGCGAGGAGCACCUACAGGUCCAAAUUCAUGCAUUAUAAAGAAAAUAUUGCGCUUAGAAAUUCCAGUAGAUGCAUGCCCUAAUUUCAAUUUUGUCGGCCGCCUUCUCGGACCAAAGGGUAAUUCUCUGAAAAGAGUUGAAGCAUCAACCGGAUGCCGUGUUUACAUUAGAGGAAAGGGUUCAAUAAAAGAUCCUGGCCAGGAGGAACAACUACAGGGAAGACCAGGUUACGAACAUUUGGAUGACCCAUUGCAUAUCCUGAUUGAGGCCGAGCUACCUGCGAAUGUCAUCAAUACAAGAUUGCGACAGGCACAUGAUAUUAUAGAAGAGCUGUUGAAACCUGUGGAUGAAUCACAUGAUUAUCAUAAGAGACAGCAGCUUCGAGAAUUAGCCGUGUUAAAGUCGGGUUUAAGAGACGACAACAAUCCUCAUCCAAGUCUCAAGAGUUCCUUCAUUCUAUAGUGGAGUGAAACCAGCAAACAGAGCAUGGUAGAAAUAAUUAUUCCUCUUCUACAGUUCCAAUUUUCAUGCAACCCAUCCUUGCAGAAAUGGUUGCUGUGAAUCUGUGACCUAUGGAGAGAAGGUUUCAUUAGCAGAGUCUGAUGUCACAAAACUUAUGCUGAUAUAUGGUUGCUGUAAACCUAUAAUAUUCAUUCUAUUCGUUUUCUCUCUGUGGUC